AUGUCCCGGCACCUGUUCGUCCCGGUUGUAAUGAUGGUGGUCAGCCCCAUCCCAGGAGCCUUCCAGGACUCAGCUAUCAGUCCUACCCAAGGAGAAUUUGAAGACUUAGACUGCGGUCGCCCUGAGCCUUCUUCCCGUAUUGUGGGGGGCUCCGAUGCGCACCCUGGCACUUGGCCAUGGCAGGUGAGCCUGCACCAAGGUGGGGGCCACAUCUGCGGGGGCUCUCUCAUCGCCCCUUCCUGGGUCCUCUCUGCUGCUCACUGUUUCGUGACGAACGGAACCUUGGAGCCAGCGGACGAAUGGUCAGUACUGUUAGGCGUGCACUCCCAGGACGGACCCCUGGACGGCGCACACUUGCGCUCAGUGGCCGCCAUCCUGGUGCCACACAACUACAGCAGAGUGGAACUGGGCGCCGACUUGGCUCUGCUGCGCCUGUCCUCGCCCGCCAGGCUAAGCCCCUCGGUGCGGCCAGUCUGCCUGCCUCGUGCCUCGCACCGCUUCGCUCACGGCACCGCCUGCUGGGCCACUGGCUGGGGAGAUGUCCAGGAGGCUGACCCUCUGCCUCUCCCCUGGGUGCUACAGGAAGUGGAGCUAAGGUUGCUGGGAGAAGCUGCCUGUCAGUGUCUCUACAGCCGGCCUGGCCCUUUUAACCUGACUUUCCAGCUGCUGCCAGGGAUGCUGUGUGCUGGCUAUCCAGAGGGACGCAAGGAUACCUGCCAGGGUGACUCUGGGGGACCGCUAGUCUGUGAGGAUGGCGGCCGUUGGUUCCUGGCGGGAAUCACCAGCUUUGGCUUUGGCUGUGGACGGAGGAACCGCCCUGGGGUGUUCACCGCAGUGGCUCCCUACGAGUCGUGGAUAAGAGAACAUGUGAUGGGUUCAGAGCCCGGGCCUGCCUUUCCCAGCCAGCUCCAGAAGCCCCAGUCAGGACCCUGGGAGCCCGGAGAAGAAAACUGUACCUUUGCCCAACCAGAGUGCGGGAAGGCUUCGCGGCCAGGGAGCUGGCCCUGGGAGGCCCAGGUGACGGUGCCAGGCUCCAGACCCUGCUAUGGAGCUCUGGUGUCUGACAGCUGGGUCUUGGCACCCGCCAGCUGCUUUCUGGACGUCGCCAUCCAGCAGCCCCGCGCCUCUGACAGCCCACCCGGCGACCUUGAAGCCUGGCGGGUGCUGCUGCCUUCGCGUCCGGUGGAGGAGAGGGUGGCACGCCUCGUGCCGCACGAGAACGCCUCCAGGGACUCGGCCUCGGACCUGGCGCUGCUGCAGCUGCGGACGCGCGUGAACCUGACCGUCGCCCCGAGCGCCGUGUGCCUGCCCCAUCCCGAACACUUCUUCCUGCCCGGGAGCCGCUGCCGCCUGGCUCGCUGGGGCCGCGGGGAAUCCGCAGCCGGCUCCGGCGCGCAGCUGGAGGCGCAGCUGCUGAACAGCUGGUGGUGUCACUGCCUGUACGGUCGCCAGGGGGAGUCGGUGCCGCCGCCGGGAGAUCCGCCCCACUGGCUGUGCCCCGCCUACCAGGAGGAGGAAGAGGCGGGACGAUGCUGGAAAGAUUCCAGUUGGAGCCUUCUGUGUCGUGAGGAGGGAACGUGGUUCCUGGCUGGAUACAGAACCUUCUCAAGUGGUUGUCUCCGUCCCCGAGCCUUCUCCCCGCUGCAGACUCACGCGCCAUGGAUUAGUCAUGUGACUCAGGGAGCUUACCUGGAGGACCAGCUGACCUGGGACUGGGGCCCUGAGGGGGAGGAGACUGAGGAACAGAUUUGUCCCCCACACACUGAGCAUGGUGCCUGUGGCCUAAGGCCAAAGGCCACUCCAGCUGGUGUGUUGUGGCCCUGGCUGACAGAGGUGCAUGUGACUGGUAAUCGAGUCUGCACUGGGAUUCUGGUUGCCCCAGGCUGGGUCCUAGCAGCUACUCACUGUAUUCUCAGGCUGGGCUCUACCACAGUGCCUUACAUCGAAGUGUAUCUGGGCCAGGCAGGGGCCAGCUCCCUCUCACAGGGCCACCAGGUAUCUCGCUCUGUCAUCAGCAUCCGCCUGCCCCGGCACUUAGGACUUAGGCCCCCCCUGGCCCUGCUGGAGCUGAACUCUCAGGUGGAGCCUUCCCCAUCAGCUCUGCCCAUCUGCCUACACCCAGGGGGUAUUCCCCCAGGGGCCAGCUGCUGGGUGCUGGGCUGGAAGGACCCCCAGGACAGAGUUCCUGUAGCUGCUGCUGUCUCCAUCUUGACUCCACGACUCUGUCACUGCCUCUAUCAGGGCAUUCUGCCUCCCGGAACCUUCUGCGUCCUCUAUACUGAGGGGCAGGAAGAUAGAUGUGAGGUGACCUCAGCACCUUCCCUCCUGUGCCAGACUGAGGGAGGGCCCUGGGUUCUCAUGGGCAUGGCUGUUCGAGGUAGCCAGGAGCUGUUUGCAGCCAUUGGCCCUGAAGCUACGUGGAUAUCGCAAACAGUGGAAGAAGCCCAUUUUCUGCAUCCCAGUGGCUCCCCCUACUGGCCUUCUGAAGACAGUGACCUCUGCCCCCAAGACUUGGCAGGCGCUGCAAGCUCCCCUAAGGUUGCGGCUGUGUUUCUGCUCCUGCUAGCUCCACUGAUCCAGGGCUGAGUCUGGCUCUUUGUCACACCACCCAUCAGGCCUGGAAUGUGGCCCAACCGGCCAGCUCCCAGGCCUGGAGAGGGCCUCUUCCACCUAUACUACAUCAGCUUUCAGAUAAUUGGGCCUCGGUGCUGGCUACUUUGAACCUAAGAAUCCUUGGGGGUGGGGGAG